CUUGGUUUUCAUCAGCGUUUCUACCUUCACUUUCAUUGCAAAGGACCUCCUGACCGGCCAUCUAUUUCGUUCAAACGUCUCUUCGCGGGAAGCAUGGGCUGAGUUCUGCUCUGCGGUCCUCUGUCUGCUGAAGGAAGCCCCGUCGUCUGCUAAUGCGUGACUGUAGUUGGAUGAUUUCAGCGUGAUUCUCGGAGCGAUGUCUGCCGCAGAAGGAGCUCAUAGCCCGGACAGACUCAAUCAGUUUGAGCAGCUGUCUGGAAGGCCUCCGCUAAGAGCUGCAGGCUCUAAGAAGAGAGUUUCCUGGGUACAAGCUCGAAGACUCCUUGGCCAGCCCUGCCCCACUCUACGGAUCCCUAACAGGUUUUUAAGAGAAGGUCACAGAGCCCCCCCGGCCCGGAGCGGCCAUCGCUGUGUGGCUGACAACACCAACCUCUAUGUGUUUGGAGGGUAUAACCCCGACUACGACGAAUCUGGUGGCUCAGAGAAUGAAGACUACCCUCUGUUCAGGGAGCUGUGGAGGUUCCACUUCGCCACAGGAACAUGGCAACAGAUCCGCACAGAGGGUUUCAUGCCUACUGAACUGGCUUCAAUGUCAGCUGUUUUGCACGGAAACAACCUGCUUGUUUUUGGCGGGACCGGAAUCCCGUUUGGGGAAAACAACGGAAAUGAUGUUCACGUCUGCAACGUUAAAUACAAACGUUGGUCCCUCCUCAACUGCAGGGGCAAGAAACCCAAUCGAAUAUAUGGACAGGCGAUGGCCAUAAUCAACGGCUUCCUAUAUGUAUUUGGAGGUACGACAGGCUACAUCUACAGCACAGAUCUUCACAGACUGGAUCUGACAACACGUGAGUGGAUUCAUCUGAAACCCAACAACCCUCCAGAUGACCUGCCGGAGGAGCGAUAUAGGCAUGAGAUAGCCCAUGAUAGACAGAGGAUCUAUAUUCUGGGAGGGGGAACUUCCUGGACUUCCUACCCAUUAGACAAGAUACAUGCAUAUAACCUUGAAACAAAUUCCUGGGAGGAAAUCACAACUAAGCCUCAUGAAAGAAUAGGAUUCCCAGCCCCUCGGAGAUGUCAUAGUUGUGUGCAGAUUAAAAAUGAUGUAUUUAUAUGUGGAGGUUACAAUGGUGAAGUAAUACUAGACGACCUGUGGAAAAUCAACCUGCUGACGUUUCAGUGGAAUAAACUACCUGCAGUGAUGCCUGAACCUGCGUACUUCCACUGUGCUGCUGUUACCCCAGCCGGCUGCAUGUACAUCCAUGGUGGUGUGGUGAACAUCCAUGAGAAUAAGCGGACUGGUUCCUUAUUUAAGAUCUGGCUGGUAGUGCCCAGUCUGCUGGAGCUGUGCUGGGAGCGUCUGCUCAAAGCCUUCCCACACCUGGCCCAACUUACCCCGAUACAGCUGCUAAACUUGGGCCUCACCCAGGAACUCAUUGAACGCUUGAAAUAAAGAGGCGAGGGGACUGUGAGUGUGAGAGACAGACUGUG